AGAAAUUCAAUCUUACACAAAAUCUAGAAAGUGAGAGAAAAGAGAGAGAGAAAAGAGUGUACACUUCCAAGACAAAUGUCUAGGAGCUUGGGGGGUGCGUAGGAUAAGCAGAGUGACUGUGUAUGUGGGGUCUGUAACUCUGUUUCUGUAUUCUACUCAACUCUAUUACACAUGGUGCAGGUUAACACAAGUCUGAGAGUGUAAUUGGGUAAAGGAAAAACCCUUUCUUUUUUAGCUUUUGGGUGUUCAUCUUUUUCAACAAUGGCAGCUGCGCACGUUAGCAGAAGCAUGUUCAAAAUAGGGUUUAUUCUACUCUUCUUUGUCUUGUUUCUGGAUCUGGCCUUGCUAUCUUGCGCCAGGCAACAACCAGCUUCAAGACAGAAGCUUCAAGUUCAUAAACACUUGAAACGCCUCAACAAAAAACCAGUUAAAUCCAUUGAGAGCCCAGAUGGGGAUAUUAUUGAUUGUGUACACAUCUCUCACCAGCCAGCUUUUGAUCAUCCAUUUCUCAAAGAUCAUAAAAUACAGAUGAGGCCUAACUAUCACCCUGAGGGGCUGUAUGAUGAGACCAAGAUGAACACAGAGUCAAAACAAAGAGAAAACAGCAUCCACCAACUGUGGCAGGUGAAUGGCAUGUGCCCUGAAGACACCAUACCAAUAAGAAGAACAAAAGAAGAAGAUGUUUUGAGAGCAAGUUCUGUUAAAAUGCAUGGAAGAAAGAAGCAUAAAAGCAUUGCUGUGCCUAGAAGUGUCCCUAAAUCAGAUAAUGAAAGUGGUCGGUCACAAGCCUUGACUUGAGCUCUAGAGAUCUUGAAGGUAAAAUUAGCCCUUCAUUGUUUAACUUAAGCUACCUGAGUCAUUUAGACCUUCAGGGGAAUUCGUUUAAUGGAACCACUCCCAUGUUAAAUGGCUCUAUAUAUGACUAAAUUAAGGUAUCUUGACCUCUCCAUAAAUUCAUUUAGUGGAGUCAUUCCCAUGUUCAUUGGUUCCAUGUCUAGGUUAAGAUAUCUUGACCUUUCCGCAAAUUUCUUUAAUGGAUCCAUUCCCUUGUUCAUUGGUUCCAUGACUCGGUUAAAUGAGAAACCUUCAAAUUUUGGAUUUAUCGAGAAAUAAGUUUUCAGGAGGAAUUCCACCAAGCAUGUCUCAUAUGACUUCAUUAGAUUACAUGGAUGUGUCAUAUAACAAUUUGUCGGGUAGAAUUCCAUCUAGAACUCAACUCCAGACCUUUGAACCUACAAGGUGCACCGGAAAUACAGGACUUUGUGGACCUCCCCUAACUAAAUAUUGCCCCGGAGAUAAAGAGUUGGAGGUGGCACCCCUUGUUUAUGGAAGUGAAGGCGAAGGUGAAGAUGAUAUUCGGAUAUGGUUUUAUAUUGGUGGGGGUACUGGCUUUGCAACUGGAUUUUGGAUUGCAUGUGGUGCUCUACUUGUCAAUCCGUGUGGGAGGAAAGCUUUUUUUCGCUUUCUUGAUAUCUCAAAGGACUGGGUAUGUGUAAAGCUGUUGAUGUGAAUUGCAAAAUGAUAACGCGCUACGCAUAUAUCAUAGUAUUUUAGUCUACAUUUCAUGUUUCUUCAUAAUAUUUUGAGUUUCCUACUUUUUGUGCUGUCAUCUAAUUGUUCUCGUUCUUAUAUAUUUGUGUUAAGAGAGAGAAAAUAUUAUAAUGUCAUGAAUCACUUGUAGUAUCAGUAAAUUGCCACCAGCACCAUGGGUGGCCAUUUCUCUU